AUGACGAUUUUUCGUUCUUUCUACUCGCCGAUUUUGCAGACUAACAUCGACACUUCAAAACUCAUUUAUGCGUUCCUCAUCAUAAUCGUCAUUGAGCGUACCGUCGCUUUCCGAAAGGCGUGCCGUACGAUCAAUGAUCUUCCCGGAAUCCGAUCUCCUUUCUCUCCAUUGGGACCUCUUGGUGCGAUUAUGGGAACGACGUGGUGGCAAACGGGACCAGAUAUGCUUUGGAUUCGAAAGAAAGAAUUAUACCGAACACAGGAGACGCUUUCCGUCGUGCCUUGGUUGUAUGGCUCGCCAAUCAUUUACACGACCAACAUGGACGUGAUGAAGCAAUUCAUCUCGACCUCUGGAUUGUUUGUGAAAGCUGAUGAAGCAAUGAUGGGUCCAAACAUGUACGGACAAAACGUCUUUACAACGGAGGGUGCUGAAUGGAGGAAACAUCGUCGUGUUAUGGGACCCGCGUUUAGUCAUUCUUUGUACCGAAUGGUGUGGGACGAGAGUUCAAAGACGUACCGGGAGAUGGUUUCCGCUGAAGGCUGGUCGGAGAAGAAGACGGUGGACGUCCCUGUCACUCAAGUAGCAACCUUCAAAUUCGCUUUGGUCGUGAUUGGACUAUGCGCAUUCGGGUUCGACUUCAAGUGGACCGAGCCCCCUACGACAAGCGAAGGAGAAAUGUCCAUUCAAGAAGCCAUGCGUAUUGUCAUUGACAACUUCCUCUACCUCAUCUUUACCCCGUCCUGGCUGCGGUUAUUGCCCUCAUUCAAACAUUUACAGAAGGCGUAUGAUCAGUUGGGACAGUUCAUGAAAAAUCAAGUUCAAGUACGCCGGGAGGAGAUUCAUGGUUAUGUUGGUGGAGAGUACACGAGGAAAGAUAUGUUCAGCAUGCUUGUACAGGCGAAUGAAUCCGAAGCUGGCAAAAAUAAACUGGAGGAUUCGGAACUGAUUGGGAAUGUCUUUGUGAUGCUUUUUGCCGGACACGAAACGACCGCCAAUAGUUUGGCUACAACUCUGGCAUUCCUGUCGAUACAUCAAGACGCACAAGAUGAAGUGGUGCAGCAGAUCAUAGAUGUAGUAGGAUAUGAGCGUGAUCCUGCCUUUGAGGACUACAGCAAACUCAACAAGGUGCUUGCCGCAUUCUACGAGGCUCUGAGGUUGUUCCCUUCUGGAUUCAUGCUGUUGCGUGUGAUGGGAGAGGAUGCUGUCAUUUCAAUCCCAAACCCCCGUGGACAAGAGGGGACGCAGCCAUGUCCUAUCCCGAAAGGAACUUGGGUGAUUGUUGAUAUGAUUGGCGUCCAUCGCAACCCACGCUACUUCGAGGAACCUGAGAAAUAUAAACCAUCUCGUUGGCAUGGGAUACCUAAUGACUCUGAACAAUUUACCGCUUUCAGCGCCGGUUCUCGAGCAUGCAUCGGACGGAAGUUUGCUACAACGGAAGCUGUGUGCUUCCUGACAAUGUUCCUGAGGGAUUGGAAGGUUGAACCUCUGCUCCGGGCAGGUGAAACUGUGGAGGGAUGGAAAACCAGGGUUGUGGAUGCUAAAGUUGGGUUUACGCUAGGGAUUAAGGAUGUUCCUGUGAGGUUGAUUAGGAGAGAGAGGCAUUCUGGAACCUAG